AUGCAGUCCGCCAUCCUCUCCCUGGCCCUUGCCGCCAACCUCGUCUCCGCCACCGGCCUCCGCCCCCGGGACCCUGUCUCGGAUCUCGCCGCCUUCACCUCCGCUGCCGAUGCUCUCAUCUCGGCAUACAUCCCCGCCCCGGAGUGGGAGGCCCUGACCUCCGCAGUCGGCUCCGCCGCCAGCGCGGCCGGAGUCACCCAGGACGCCAAGGACGCCAUCUUCUCGGCCCUCAAGGCCACCGAGGCCCCGGCUUGGUUCGCCAGCGUCGUCCCUUCCGCCUACUCAAGCCAGUACGCCGCCUUGGAGUCCGCCAUUGACGACCUGCGUCCCACCGUCACCGUCACCGUCCCUCGUCCCGUCACCACCGUUCUGGCCGUCACCACCACCGACGAGAACGGCAGCACCAUCGUCGCCAGCGUCACCACUACCGUCGUCCCGACCCCGACCACCAUCACCACCGACGUCGUACCCACCCCCAGCAUCAGCGUCGUCACCGGAACCGACUCCGCCGGUAACUCUUACACCUCUACCAUUGCCGGCACCAACGCCACCGAGUCCGCUGCCACCACUGCCACCGAGACCGUCACCGAGUCAACUGCCACCGAGUCUGCCACGGCUACUGAGUCCGAGUCCGGCACCGAGGCCAGCGGCACCGAGGCCUCUGGCACCGCCUCGGGCACCGCUUCUGGCACCGAGGCUCCCUCCAACGCUGCCCCUACCGCCAUGGCUCACGGUCUUGCCGGUGUGGCCGCUGUUGUUGGCCUCGUCAUGGCACUCUAA